ACUCCAGUUCAGUCUAUCUGCUCGGGUUUCUCCAGCACAGCAGACGAAGCUGUUUCCUGCUGCUCUCGCUCCCCAGUUCAUUCUCGGCAACCACAAGACCAAAAGCAAAGCAAGAUGUCUUUCACCAAGAAAACCAGCUACACCGUCAAGUCUUCAUCCGGUGGAUCUGUGCCACGCAGCUUCAGCAGUAUGUCUUACUCCGGACCCAGCGUCAGCCGGCAGAGCGCAUACACCGUUCGCAGCUCCUAUGGAGGUGCCAACCGUGGCAUGAGCUCGGCUUCACCGUACGGUAUGGGCUUCGGUGCCAACGUUGCGCCUAUUCAAGCCGUCACCUUUAACAAGAGCCUCCUUGCUCCUCUGAACCUGGAGAUCGACCCCAACAUCCAAGUCGUCCGCAACCAGGAGAAAGAGCAGAUCAAGACGCUCAACAACCGCUUCGCUUCCUUCAUCGAUAAGGUACGUUUCCUGGAGCAGCAGAACAAGAUGCUGGAAACCAAAUGGAAUCUCCUUCAGCAGCAGACAGUCACGCGCUCCAACAUCGAUGCCAUGUUCGAGGCCUACAUCAAUAACCUCCGCAGACAGCUCGACGGACUCGGCAACGACAAGAUGAAGCUGGAGGCCGACCUGCACAACAUGCAAGGUCUGGUGGAGGAUUUCAAAAACAAGUACGAGGAUGAGAUCAACAAACGUACAGAGUGUGAGAACGAGUUCGUGCUUAUCAAGAAGGAUGUCGAUGAGGCCUACAUGAAUAAAGUUGAGCUGGAGGCCAAGCUGGAAAGCCUUACCGAUGAGAUCAACUUCCUUAGGCAGAUCUUUGAGGAGGAGAUCCGUGAACUUCAGUCACAGAUCAAAGACACCUCAGUCAUUGUGGAGAUGGACAACAGCAGAAACCUGGACAUGGACUCUAUCGUCGCCGAGGUCCGGGCUCAGUAUGAGGACAUCGCUAACCGCAGUCGGGCUGAGGCCGAGAUGUGGUACAAGACCAAGUUUGAGGAGAUGCAGACGUCCGCCAACAGAUACGGUGAUGAUCUUAGAUCGACAAAGACAGAGAUUGCAGAUCUUACACGUAUGAUCCAGAGACUGCAGUCUGAAAUUGAUGCCGUGAAAGGACAGCGCGCCAAUCUGGAGAACCAAAUCGCAGAGGCAGAGGAACGCGGUGAGAUGGCUGUUAGAGAUGCCAAGGCUCGCAUUAAGGAUCUGGAGGACGCCCUGCAAAGAGCCAAGCAAGACAUGGCACGCCAGAUCAGAGAGUACCAGGACCUGAUGAACGUCAAACUGGCCCUGGACAUUGAGAUCGCCACGUACAGGAAGCUCCUGGAGGGAGAGGAGGACAGACUGGCCAGCGGAAUCAAGUCCAUCAACAUCUCAAAACAGAGCACAAGCUACAGUUCUUAUCCCAUGGAAAGUGCAAGCAGCGGUUAUAGCAGCUUCUCCGGUUUCCCCGGGUACAGCAGCGGUGGGUACAGCAGCGGCGGGUACAGCAGCAGCAGCGGGUACGGCGGCAGCAGCAGCACCUACGGCGACACCGUCUCCCAAUCCAAGAAAAGUGUUGUGAUCAAGAUGAUCGAGACUAAGGACGGCAGAGUCGUGUCCGAGUCUUCCGAGGUCGUCCAAGAUUGAGCUCCAUCCCCGAUUCUGUCCUCACGCCUUUUCACGCAUUCCUGACCUUUCCCUCCCAACCUUUAUGACUCCAGUCCAAGCCUAGACCGGAAUGCAGUCAUAAACAGGGUUGUAAAGCCUUUACAUCGACCCCGAAAAUUCCAGAGGGACCAAAUAAUCUCACUACUCUAGUCGUGCCUUAAUCCAUAUCCACACUAAAAAUCACUCGGCCGCUGCUCGGCAAUACUGUCUGAAAGCUUCACCUCGGACAACAUGGAGAUCUGCCGCCUGGAGAAUCCUAGAUGUGUGACACUAACAUGAGAUAGUACCUUAGCUGAAUCGCAUCAUGCGAAGUAAUCCAUUAAACAUUUUAACUAUGAAGGGAUAUGUUUGCGUUUGCGCUAAUUUGCUACCAUGUUCGUGGCAGAUCCAUGUUGUUUGCCUGUUUAGUAGAGUUUGCUAUUUGAUUGACAGAUGAGAAAGAAGUUGCCCACUUCACAUCUUGUUUUCUGAGGUGCUGUUUUUGCUACCAAGAAUAAAGUGUUUACUUAAA